AUGGAGGAAGAUCUCACGUGUCCCAUCUGCUGUAACUUAUUUGAAGACCCCAGACUGUUAUCAUGUUCCCACACUUUCUGCAAUAAAUGCUUGGAAAGGAUCUGUGAAAACAAUUCUAGAAGUGUGAUGAAUGUGGCAUUGAGACCAACAUCUGUAAAAUGUCCCUUUUGCCGUAAGGAGUCUUUAAUAUCAGAUGUUCAUGGAUUCCAGGUUAACCAUCCACUAAAAGGAAUUAUUGAAAAAUAUAAUAGAAUCCAAGCUUCUCCAAAGACCCCUGUAUGCGACAUACAUAGAGAGCAACCACUGAAUAUGUUUUGUGCAACAGAUCGAAAACUCAUAUGUGGAUAUUGUGCUACUAGCGAGGAACACAAACAACAUGCCUUUUCUUCUAUUAAUGACGCUUAUGACCAGGAGAAAAGCUCCUUUUUGACUUUGAUUGAAGGAUUUGAAAAUCUAUAUUGUGAUGUGACCUCCAACCUAAGAACUCUGGAAGCAAAUAAGCAAGAAGUUCUCCAAUCACUAUCUAUGGAGUGUGAUAAAGUGGAGGCAUAUUUCAAACAACUGCAACAUACUCUUCAGAAGAAAAAAACUGAGAUUCUCGCUGAGGUUCAUUCCAUAGAAUGUGUAAUAGCACAGGCAUAUGAUCUAGAGAUCAACAGAAUAAAAGAAGGGCUGAAUGAGGAGAUAAACAUCUACAAAAUUGCUAAAGAUUUUAAGACAACAUCUGACUGGCUUCUGUUUCAACAUCACAUUGAAGAAUUUAAGGAGAAGAUUGGCUUAAUGAAGGAAAUACCCUUACCAUCUGAUGACAUAGUCAGCCCUGUUUUGAUGAAGUUGGAUAUUGAUAUAAGUGCAUGGAAUAACAGCAAACUUGCAGACUUGGAUAAGAUCUGUUUGCGAACACAAUACCCCACAAGGAAUUAUAACAUGGGGUCAAAAAUCCCACACUUAUUUUGGAUUGUGUCUGCUGCAGGCUUGAUUUUUGCCACCAUGGGGAUGGCAUUGUUUUUAGGAUAUUUCUGUGACAUGGCCAUAGAAGAAUACACUCAUGCAGUCAUGUUGUAUCUGACUAAUAUUAUAGUAACAGCAGCUGGCUAUGUUUCACCAUACUUGGGAAUGGUAACGAAUGAAAUAUUACGCAUUCGCAAACAGUGGCAGACCUACGUUUUUGCAAACUGGAGCAUGAUGGUGAAAGAAAUAUUACGUGUUGGUGAACGUUGUCAGACUUACUACCUGGCUUUUAAGGAACAAGUGACCAAAUUAGCCUUUUCCAUUGAAUGGAAGUAA